CGUGUCCCCGCCAAAGGUUGCUGUAUUUCGCAUCCUUCACCCUUUUUCGUUCUCCUUGAAGCUCUCAAUUGUUGUUUGAGAGCUUCUUGGAAGCUAAUCUCUCGCUUUGGAGAGAAUGGCAUCGUUUCGAGUGGUCCCCACUGUGUGGGCGCUCUGUCUACUGCUCCUUGGCCUACUAACCUUCUCCCCAACGCACGCUGCGGAGGAUACCAGUAUUUUGAUCAAUGAAAUCGCAAGAGCUUCCAAUGACUCCCUACUCUGGGGCCCUUACAGGCCCAAUUUAUACUUUGGAGUGCGACCUCGCAUACCGAAGAGUUUGAUGACUGGGCUCCUAUGGGCCAAAGUCGAUAACUUUAUUGAUGUGCAAAACAAUUUCCGGUACACCUGCGAACAGCAUGAAGGCAUGGCUGGCUAUGGGUGGGACGAAUACGACGUCCGAACUGGUGGCCGACAGACAGUCCAUGACGCCGGUAACAAAGUUGACUUGACUACGGAAUUUAUCAAAGUACCAGGCGGUGUGCAUGGAGGAAGCUGGGGCUUGCGAAUCAAGGGUACACCUAGAAAAGAUGCCCCAGCACAAUUAAAGACGUCAGUCGUCUUCUACGCCGCUUUGGAGGGACUGGGCAGUCUCCAAGUCGAGAAUGACAUCAACGUUGUGGGAUACAAGGACGUUGUCACUCUUGGCGGCGACACUCCGGAGCUUGGAAAGUUCACUAUCAAUGUUACUCGUGGUCCGGAGACGAACACAUAUCCAAAAAGCGAGCACCCAGCUUGGAGAGAGAAGCCACUGAAUAGAACCAUUGUGCAUAGCUUCCAGUAUCCAGAGGAAAUGCUAUGGCAAAUCAAGCCUAUCAUGUUUCAGAAUAUGAAGUCCGUCGUUGAUGGAUACAUUGAGAAGUAUGGGACGGAAAAACAUCCUAUGCCCGAACAGACUUUUACUCUUUCCCAAGAGCCGGGCCCUGGAAAUAUGCACAUGAUCCAAAAGGUGUUUACUGGCGCAUUUGAGUUCGAUGUCUUAUUCACCUCAGGCUCUGCUCCUAACCCUAUCACAUCGGAUUUGGUGACCAAGGAGAUUUCGGCGGUAACGGAUUCUUUCUCUAAACGGUUCUCCAAGAUUUUCGAACCAAAGGCGCCUUUCAACAAGCCCAAAUAUCUCGAGUUUGGCAAAUCACUGUUCUCGAACCUCAUUGGAGGCAUUGGAUACUUUUACGGUGAUGCCGUAGUAGACCGCUCAUAUGCGCCAGAAUAUGACGAGGAAAACGAGGGAUUCUGGGAAGAAGCUGCUGAGGCAAGAACUCGGGGUGGGCUUCGGUUUGAUGGCCCGAACGAACUCUUUACCAGUGUCCCUUCGCGCCCCUUUUUCCCACGUGGUUUCCUUUGGGAUGAAGGCUUUCACCUGUUGCCCGUUGCUGAUUGGGAUAUUGAUCUAACUCUUGCUAUCGUCAAGAGCUGGUUCGGCCUCAUGGACGAGGAUGGCUGGAUUGGGCGUGAACAGAUUCUCGGCCAUGAAGCCCGCAGCAAAGUGCCUGCAGAGUUUCAAGCGCAGUACCCGCACUACGCCAACCCGCCGACUCUGUUCUUUGUGCUUGAUGCCUUUAUCGACAAGCUUCUCUCUAAUAGAUCAACUGAAAAGGAAACCUUACAGCCAGAAAACCUGUCAGGCGACAUCUACAGCACGUUUGUUUCCAACCCAGAAGUCGCGUUGCAAUACCUGCGCAAUCUCUACCCCUUACUCAAGCGUCACUACUUCUGGUUCCGCAAGACGCAAUGGGGAGAUGUCAAGUCGUACGAUCGCGAAGCUUAUUCGACUCGCGAAGCUUAUCGCUGGCGAGGACGUACUCCAGACCACAUUCUGACUUCUGGCAUUGAUGACUAUCCUCGCGCGCAGCCGCCUCAUCCCGGCGAGCUUCAUGUCGAUCUUAUUAGCUGGAUGGGUACCAUGACCCGGUCCAUCAAGCGCAUCGCCGAAGUGCUUGGCGAGACCGAAGACGCAUCAGAGUUUGCAGACUACGAGAAGGGCAUCGUACGUAACAUUGACGACCUCCACUGGGACGAAGCCGAACAGACGUACUGUGAUGCGACGAUUGACGACUACGAGGAAAGUGUGCACGUUUGCCAUAAGGGAUAUGUUUCAAUCAUGCCAUUUUUGGUCGGUCUGCUUCCUGCAGACAGUCCCCGACUGGGAGCCGUUUUGGACUUGAUUGCCGAUCCUGAGCAGCUGUGGAGUGACCACGGCAUCAGAAGUUUAAGCAAGGGCGAUGUCUUGUAUGGUACCAAGGAGAAUUAUUGGCGCAGUCCAGUCUGGAUCAACAUCAACUACCUUGCCCUCGUGAGGUUGCUGGAAUAUGCAAAUACCCAGGGCCCUCACCAGGCUCGCGCAAAGGACUUGUAUACUCGUCUUCGUCUCAAUCUUGUCGAAACCGUUUAUGAUUCUUGGUCGAAGACUGGCUUUGCCUGGGAGCAGUAUAAUCCCGAAACGGGUGCUGGGCAGCGUACCCAGCAUUUCACCGGCUGGACAAGUCUGGUGGUCAAAAUCAUGAACAUGCCCGACUUGAGCAAAAGCACUGUUGGUAAGAUUAACCAGGCAGUUGCCGAAGUCUUGGAAGCGGCCAAGGCUGCUGCGGGAGGCGGCGAUAGUGAAAGCGAAAGCGAAAGCGAAAGCAAAAGCGAUGACGCCAAGGAAAGUGGAGAUGGUCAUGACGAAUUGUAGAAUAAUGUGU